AUGGACAAGGUCAAGCGCCGCACGCUGCUCGUGUCGGGUCUCUCGGUCAUGGCGGUCGCGUCGCUCGGCGUCGUCUUCUCGCUCAUUUAUGCGAGUCCCGUCAUUUCGCUCCUCUCGACGGCCAUCUAUGUCGGCGCCUUCUCGCUCUCGAUCGGACCCAUGGCAUGGAUGCUCACGGCCGAGAUCUUUCCCGACUUUCUGCACGCCAAGGCCGGCGGCAUCGGCACCAUGACCACGUGGAUCGCCGAUCUCAUCGUCGGCCUCUUCUACCCGUCGAUCGCGGCCACGAACGCGCUCUCCAACUACGCCUUCCUCCUCUUCUUCGCCUUCCUCGUCGGGUACGCGUCGUUCACGUACGUGAUGCUCCCCGAGACGUCGCACAAGACGUCGGACGAGAUCCAACUGCUCUUCAACCCGCUCCCGGUCAUGUCGCCCAAGGCCCAAGUCGAAUUGGACCCGUACGCGAGCAUCGACUAG